CCCAGAGGAAAAAGAUCCUUCUCUUUUAAGCCUUCAACAUUCUCAUUCUCAACUUAAGUCAUCACUGCUCUGCUUCACCUUGUACCAAUUUCGUUCUCCUUUGUUCCUCCGCAGCCACUUUAAGGUCGCGUUUGGAAGAUUGGAAAUAUGGCUGAAAACCGCGAAGUCGCAAAAUCAGGAUGCUUCUCUCGCUUCUUUCGCCUCCUUCUCUGUGCUCAUUCCACCAAUGCUCCUCCUAUCCACCCGUCCGAACAUUUUCCUCCUCUCCAAACACUGCCUUCCCUCCCAAACAAGUCUAAUCCAGUUCCUACUACCCCCAAUGUAGUUGCCAGACUCAUGGGCUUAGACUCGCUUCCAAACAACUCCCGGGUCGCACCCGAUUCGGUUCCCCGAAGCAAGUCCGUUAACUUCCUCGAUUACUUGCUCCAGUUCGAUCCCGCCCAUCCAGAAGGCAGCCAUCACCGCCGAGUCAGAACGUCGUCGUUUCGAGAGAUUCCUGCGUCGUCGUCUGCUUACACGACGACGCGGUCGUUUCCGCCGGAGAAGAACAGCGACGUUGUCGUUUUCUUGUGGGAAGAAGAUAUCAACAAGGCCGCUCGCGAAUCGAAGCCAAGUGAAGUUGUUCGGCACAGCACGAAGAAACAGCAAGUGGGUUUGAAAGAAUCGAAGAAACAGUGGAAGGAAAAGAAUGAAGGAACGAAGAAGAAGAAGAUUUCGAAGCUGAAGAAUGAGCCUAGAAGGGUCUCUGUUUCGACACGCACAAGGAAUUGCGGGUCAAGUAGUUUGAGUCCGAGAAUUGGGAUGAAGGAAGCGUUUGUUGAACCCAGCUUCAGAAAGAAGGUCAGAAGCAAGAAGUCGUUGAAGAAGAUGCAGAAUGGGAGCUGCUCUGAAAAUCUCAGUCCGGUUUCAGUUUUAGAUGUAGGUGAUGACGAAGACUUCCCGUUGCAGAAUAAAACCAACUUCACAGAUGAAACAAAGGGAUGGUGCUCAAAGUCAAAGAGAGAAUCUUCAAGUGAGAGAUAUUUGUGUGAAGGCGUGCAAGACAGAGGAGGAAGCAAUAGCAAUCAGAAAAGUCAAACAGAGGAAUGCUCAGAAAUAAUGGCCAAGCUUCGCAAAUUAGCAGAAAACGAUGUAGAAAUGUUUGAUUGUGUUGGUCGAAAGGGCACGUUUGGUAGUGAGUGUCGUGAGGAAUUUUCUAUGCUUCUUGAGCAUAAAAUCUUCGACCUCCUGCUGCGUGAGGUCGUCCAUGAGCUCUUAACCCUCUGAUUAGGAAAUAUUUUGUCUCCAUGACCUAAUAAUGUGUAUAUUAUCAAUAGGUCCUUUAACUAUUUAUUGCCUCUAACAUUUAAAGAGUAUUUUAGAGGUAACUCUAUCUAAUGUAAGACUUUUUUAUAACAAUGUGAGAAUGAGUUGUAUUACCAAUA